CCACAGUCCGCUGCGGGACAUGGGGCAAACAGUGCGAACGAGUGCUGUGUUGUCCCCGGGAAGAUGCUGGAGGAUGUCAAUAUCUACACCCAAUGUUUUUGCAGUGCACUGACGCCAGGAAAGAGGAAAGAAGGCAUGGAGCCAUAGCAGACAUUUCAGCAUUUCUCUCCGUCCAACAACCCCUUUAUGUUCUGGGAUUCAUCAUGGUGUAUGGGCAGGUCCUGCACCGCCAAGGUCCAGAGGAAAGCUUCAUUAACCUCAAUGUCGGUGGCUUUAAGCAGCGAGUUGAACGAGUUCUCCUCCAGCGCUUCCCUUAUACUCGGCUGGCCCAACUGCUCUGCUGCAGAUCAGAGGCUGCUAUUCUCCAACUUUGUGACGAUUAUGCCGCAGCUGACCGUGAAUAUUAUUUUGACCGCAACCCACGUUUUUUCCGCUACGUGUUGAAUUUCUAUCACACCGGAAGGAUCCACCUGAUGGAAGAGUUGUGUGUGUUUAGUUUUAGUCAGGAGCUGGAAUACUGGGGCAUCAAAGAGCUUCACCUUGAUGCAUGCUGCAGCAACAAAUUUCAAGAACAGAAAGAGUUCGUGGGAGAUCCUGAUUGGGGAAAUGAUGAUGACCCGCAGAACCAGCUGGACGACAGCCUGGACUCAUCCAUGGAGGAGUUAUCUGCAUUUGAUAAAGAUCUGGAGAAGUUUGAGGGCACCUGGUGCUCGGAGAAGCGCAAGGAACUUUGGCUAAGACUGGAGAAUCCCGGAUAUUCCCAUUUUUCGAAAGUAAUAGCUGUGUUUUCUCUGAGUGUGGUGUUGAUGAGUAUCGUAGCCAUGUGUAUUCACAGCAUGCCUGAGUUUAACAAGUUGGACGAUAAUGACAAACCGGUGGAGAACCCUGAGCUGGCUGUGUUUGAGAUCAUUUGUAUCAUUUGGUUCUCUAUUGAAUUCAUCCUAAGAUUAAUUGUCACGCCAUGUCUGCGCAAAUUCAUUUGCAAUGCUCUAAACAUCAUUGACUUUGCAUCUAUCAUUCCAUUUUACGCCACUCUGGCAUUCGAAACCGCCAAUGCAGAAGAAAGCGAGGAGCUUGAGAACGUGGGGAGGGUCGUGCAGAUCUUGCGCCUCAUGCGUAUCUUUCGCAUUCUCAAACUGGCGCGGCAUUCGGUGGGGCUGCGUUCGCUUGGGGCGACUCUCCGUCACAGCUACCAUGAGGUCGGACUCCUCAUCCUGUUCCUCUCGGUGGGAAUUUCGAUUUUCUCUGUGCUUAUAUAUUUUGUGGAGAGAGAAGAUAAGACAUCUGAAAUACAGACUAUACCUGUGGGCUGGUGGUGGGCGACAAUCAGCAUGACCACUGUGGGAUACGGAGACACGUAUCCUGUAACCUGGGCCGGCAAGCUCGUUGCCACCUUGUGCAUCAUCUGCGGCCUGCUUGUGGUCGCUCUUCCAAUCAGCAUCAUAUUCAACAAAUUCUCAAAAUACUAUCAAAGACAAAAAGCCCUGGUGGAGCUUGAUCAACUCAACCCAGAAGAUGAAAAACAGCCAGAUCCCAGCAUGCCAUUCCUUCAUAUGGGAGAACUUUUUACCCAAAAUAUGAAUUCUCUGGUGCAUAGCGGAUCCCUUAAGAGUGAGGGAAGCAUCACGGAUGCUUCCAGCAUUCAGGAUGUUGAAACUGCGUACCCAGAGAAUGAGAAUGCAACAAAACAUAAAUGCACGCACAACCUCGAGAAUAAACCUGCAGUCACAUGAUGUGCAGUACACAAACACCUCAUCGGUCAGAUAUGCAGCACAUGGCGUGCAACACCAGUCUAGGACCUCUGAACCUUUAAUAGUUCUGCAACAGGACCUCGAAACAAAUCAACAGCACUUUUCUCUUUAGUUCUCAGGGUAAAAAUAUCUCAUGCUUUCCAUUAUUUAUGAAUCAGAAAUCUGUUACGGGAGAUACUGUAACUAACAAAAAGCCAGUGCUAGCUGUGAUAUUGAUGCUCUAUAUAUCAAAUCAAAUAACAGCACUUAUUGACAGGUGUUUUUUUUU